AUUCUGUUCUUAUUCUGUGGCUAUGGUAGGUAACCGUCUGCUUCAAGUAACUAAAAACAGAACAGAUAUGAUUUUGAUUUAUCUAUUCAAGUAUACAAAUACAAGAAGUAGUAUACUCCAUUCUCCUUUUGAUUAAACACUUCAGUUAUUAAGAAUCAAACUAACCUAAUCUAAUGUCUCAUGUUAGUUACUUAAACAAAUUAGUUAAGAACAGAGAUCAAUGUUUUUUCGUGUUUUCUUGUGUGUAACUUGGUUCAAAAGUUAAAAUGAGAAAUGACAUCUUACAAACAAAGAUGCAAAGAAUUCGAAGAUAUUUUGCUUGCAGAAGACAUCGAUUUGGAAAAACUAAGGAUCCUCUGUUUCAAUGGUGUUCCUGAUGAACAUACCCACCGACCAUUAUGUUGGAGGCUAUUAUUCAACUACCUACCACCUUCACGGUGCUCUUGGAGUCAAAUACUGCAAAGAAAAAGGGAACUCUACAGACAAUUUAUAGAUGAGAUGAUUGUAAACCCUGGCGAUGCUGAACCUGGCAACGAGAAUAGAGAGAGAGUCGACGUCACUUUUUCUGAUCAUCCUUUGAAUUGCAACCCGGAUAGCCUCUGGCAAACAUUCUUCAAAGAUAAUGAAGUACUGCUACAAAUUGAUAAAGACGUUAGGCGUUUGUACCCUGAAAUCUCGUUCUUCCAGCAACCCACCGAAUUUCCUUGCCAAGCUAUAGUACACAGCGAAGGAACCAAAAGACUGCACAAAAGAGUGCAACAUUCAGUUCUCAAGUCGGCCAAUGUGGUUAGGAAAGGACUCGGAAUCACAAGGCAGAUAGCUUUAACAGUGCGCAAAGUGCAGGAAGACUAUGCUCCUCUUGCAGAGGGAGCAGAGGCUCACUGGGAAGUUGUUGAAAGAAUUCUAUUUCUGUACGCCAAACUGAAUCCGGGCCAAGGUUAUGUGCAGGGAAUGAAUGAGAUUAUUGGCCCAAUAUAUCACGCAUUUGCUAGCGAUCCCAGUUCUACUUGGAGAGAGUAUGCAGAAGCGGACUGCUUUUUUGUUUUCACAAACCUCAUGUCCGAGAUCAGAGACUUUUUCAUUAAAACAUUGGAUGAAGCGGAGAGCGGCAUCAAUCGACUGAUGAAUCGUCUAAGCGAACAAUUGAGAAACAAUGAUCAUGUUAUAUACACCCAUCUCAAGCAGCAGCAACUAUAUCCUCAAUAUUAUAGUUUCAGAUGGUUAACACUGUUAUUGUCACAAGAGUUUCCUCUGCCCGAUGUUCUCCGAAUAUGGGACUCUUUAUUUUCUGACACUGGCCGAUUCUCUUUCUUGAUCCACAUCUGUUGUGCAAUGAUUAUGCUUUUGCGGGAUCAGCUUCUAUCUAAUGACUUCUCAUCAAAUGUCAAGCUAUUACAGAACUUUCCCCCGGUUGACAUACAAAUUGUCCUGAACAAAGCCGUAGAUCUUGCUGGGAAAAAUGCCAGAAUAAAUAGAUGAGACAUAGCGAGGAGUUUGAGGAAUUUGAUUGAGUUUAUAGUUGAAAUUGUAAGAGAUGAUAGGCAAGAUGAUAUGAUAACCUAUAGAUGUAGGCCUACUGAAAUGAAGAGGAGGAUUACUGUGCAAGCUUUACGGCUUCUAAAUUUACUGUAGUCAAAAACACAGUUAUGUAUUUGUAGGUACGUAAGAUAACUUUCUUUAUGGCAUUUAUUGUAUGCUGUUAAAUUCAAAAUGAAUUGAAUGUAUUGAAUAGCUCAAAGCUCUGCCUCAUAAUUGUAGCAAUAUUUUAAAAUAUUAUUACAGUACUAUUAUUAUUUUUUAUGUAUUUAAUCUACUUCAGAAUUUUAUUACUGUGUAUAAUAAAUUUUAUACUUAUAGCAUACGGUAUAGUGUAUUAAAUAAAACGUAUUUUCCAAUUA